GUAGAAUUCAUAGGAUAGUGGUCCUUGACAUCAAGGCAACUGUUGGUCUCAGUGCUUUCCGAAUGACCUGUGUGAAUGGAGACUGAGCUGUUUGAUGGCUGGGAGACUGAGGACACGCCUUCUAUUUCGAUGUCACAAUGCUCACACAACACUGCCAGGAGCUUUCUGCGGCUGGUUUUGAUGUGAGGAAGUUGCUCCACGUGAAUGCUGGUUGCAUCCGAGUGGCUCUACGACCAGCUGCUCAAAAUGGUGCGGUUCAGCGACCUAUUGCAUUUGCAGAGGCAUUGUUGCGAAGAGAGGAGGAGCCUGGCGUCACUGUGGAGUUUGCGCCUCCAAGUGUACCGGCUGCAGACGUAGCUGUACCAAAGGAGCGGUAUGGAUGCCGCAUUUGCCUGGAGGGGCCAGGGGAAAAUCGGGAACUUCUUGAUUGCUGCGCUUGCCGCGGGAGUGUGUGCUACAUUUGCCAAGAGUGUUUAUUGCUGCAAUGGGAGGCACAACCAGAGAAGGGGCACAAUUGCGGCCUUUGCCGACAAGCAUUUCGCGGGCGAGCGCUGCUGCUGCUGACAGAACGCAUGGCUCAAUAUGUCGCCAAGCGCAAGGAAGAGUCUCAAGAAGCUCCAGAUUUGGACCUUUUGAAGCAACAGGUCACCACAGCCACAGGCUUGUGGCAGCAGGGUCAAUUACGCGAAGCUGCCAUGCUCUUUCAAGAAGCUAUUGAAGGCCUAAAGCAGUGUGAUGCCAAGGGUCAGCUCUACUCUGCGCAGCACAACCUGAGCUUGGUGCUCGUCGCUCUGGGACAGCCCAAGGAAGCACGUGAAGAGCUGCGCAUCGCUCGACGUGGCCUGGCUUUGCUGUAUGGAGCUGAACAUCCGCUGGUGCUCAAGGCUGCUCACAACGAAGCCAUGGCUGCCAAUGCUGCAGGGGACAGAGAGGAGGGGCGCGCCCUCUAUGAGGUGACCUUUGAAGCACGCCAGCGGGUGCUGGGCUGUGACCACGUCGAUACCCUAAAGACUCGCUGCAACUUGGGCCUGGCACUUCGCAAUGCUGGAAGGCUUGCAGAAGCGGAGACAGAACUCCGUGCCACGUGGCAAGCCUUGAAGCGAGUUCUUGGACCAAAGCAUCCACUGGCCCUGACUACCCUGCAGAAUCUCAGCUUGGCUUUGGCCAGCCGCGGGAAGUCUGGAAGACAACUUGCGGCCUUGCAGGCUGCAGCUCUCCUGGCUCAGGAGGCCGUCGAGGGAAAACAGCAGACGCUGGGCUUUGAGCACUUUGAAUCUUUGGAAGCGUUGAGGGAUCUUGCUGCCCUCCAAGCAGAGCUCGGUCGCACUGCCAAGGCCGAAGACACAUGGCGUCAAGCACUUGCUGGGCUGCAGCGGUCUUUAGGCUUCCAGCAUCCUACUACCAUCGGUGUCCUAGAGCAGCUCAGGUCUGUCCUUAGACCCAGUGAGGCCAAACUGCUGGAUGAGAAUCACAGGGCUGCUCGGCCAGUCUCAGCAUUGCCAUGGGCACCAUGCUCGGCAGAACUGGGCCAGCUGAUUCUUGUGCCACACUUUGUUUUCGUUGUACCAGGCACGUCUGAGAUCAAGUUUACAUGAGACAAGUACAAAUGAGUUCAAGUCGACAUAAAGUCAAAAUGCAUACAGCUUUAAAGGAGCCACUUACUGUAUCUUUUCCCUAAAAAUCUAGGAAACAAAUGAAUAGUGUGAGGGCUUCUUCAAGGAAGCUCCCCCGCCCUCAGGCGGGGAGCUUCCAUCAAGAAGACAAGUAGGCGCCUCCUCAAUCAAGUAGGAGCGGGCAAAAAAAGAGCAUUUUGACAUUUUAGAUCUUGUCCUUUCAUAAAGAGUUGCCUUGCCGCCUUUCCAGAACACAGUGGCCGCGGGCUGGGCAAGAGAAUGUUGGAGCACUUCAGCGAGGUGGCGAGUGAAGCGCGCUUGGAGGUGAUUUUGCCCGAGCAGGUUGCAGAAGGCAGCGACAGUGACAUGUGGCUCCUCGAACAUAGAAAACAGUCUGUCUCAGAACGCCAAACUGUUGUGGGAGAGCUGACAUGUACGACAGUCCUGUACUUGCUUCUUAUAUCGUCGGAAUGAGGGACGUUCGAUAUUGCUCGGCAAACCUG